AUGGCUCCGUCCGCCACCAUCGACACCGCCGCUCCCGCCGUGGGCGGCACCGCCGUCGCGCCCAAGGAAGCGUCGCACUCCAAGCACGGCCACGAGCUCCAACACAAGACGCCCCUCCAGGCCAUGUCCCACGGCGACGUCGUGCUGGCCGGCAUCCCCAAGUUCCCCGACUUCGCCUCCCAGCGCCAGUGGCAGCUCGAGCACAUGGCCGCCGCCUUCCGCCACUGGUCGCGCGAGGGCUACGUCGAGGGCAUGAGCGGGCACAUCUCGGUCCGCGACCCGGAGAUCCACGACGCCUUCUGGACGAACCCCCUCGGCAAGCACUUCGGCCUCCUCAAGGCCUCCGACAUGAUCCUCGUCAACCUCGACGGCGCCGUCAUCGGCGGCAACCGCUCCAAGCCCCCCAACACCGCCGGCUUCCUCAUCCACGCCGCCGUCCACAAGGCCCGCCCGGACGUCCACGCCGUGUGCCACUGCCACAGCCUCUACGGCAAGGCCUGGUCCGUCUUCGGCCGCCGCCUUGAGAUGCUGACGCAGGACGCGUGCAAGUUCCGCGGCGACGCGCACUCCGUGUACAACAGCUACGGCGGCGUGGUCCUGGGCCCCGAGGAGGGCGAGAUGAUCGCCGAGGCGCUGGGGCCCAACGGCAAGGCGUGCAUCCUGCGCAACCACGGGUUGCUGACGGUCGGGCAGACGGUGGACGAGGCGGCGUUCUUGUACACCUCGAUGGAGCGCCAGUGCCGGGUGCAGUUGAUGGCGGAGGCCGCGGCGGCGAACGGGCUGCCGAAGGUCCUUGUUACGGACGAGGAGGCGCAGUUCAACUUUGAUGUCGAGAGUGACCCGGAGAUCUGCUACUGCGAGUUUCAGGUGUACUACGACCUGGAGGAUGAGCUGUCGAACGGCGCGUUUAAGAAGUAG